AUGUCCGCAUGUAUGGCCAACUCAUGGCCAGCUCGGUUUUUAACACUUUGUUCGUCAGGCAACGGGGUUAGGGAUAUACAUGGGAUGAAACUUACAAAGCGCCUCGAUGACAUCAUCCAGGAGUCUUCUGCACUCAAGUCAUAUCUCGUUCAGCAACUCAAAACUCUCAGCAACGCAGUUCCCGAGCUAGUCAACUUUGGUAUCUCUCUCGCCCAACAAGUAAUUCCACACCUUAGCGACGCCCGUAGUGCCAAGGCUCCGUUUCAGCUUGCAACAGUGUUGUCGUACGCCAGGCAGACUGCAAUGUCCACUGUCGCCAAGGACAUGAAACUUGGGACCUCUUGCUUCGAGGCGGUUGGUGAAGCUAUUGCCCAGUUAUCAGCGGAGUGCAACAAGUUACUCCCUUUAUCAAUGGAACCUGAGAACGCGUUCAAGAGUAGGCUUCAUUUAACUUUGAUAUUCGUCAAAUAUCAUGCUAACGAUGGCCAAGUCUCUGGCACACCACCGUGGGUCCUACGAAUUGAGGAGAUCAGAGCCAGCAUGGCUAUCAAUGCCGAAGCCGAGCAGAAAGCUGCACAGCUGCAGGAGGAAAUACAAGGAUUUGUACGGAGUCUCAAGACGAAAGACCAAGUGAUACAGGAGUCAGGGGUGAAGAUCGAGCGCAUGGAGCCGUUGGAGAUCUUGAGAUUGAGCUUUCGAAAGCGCGCAAGCAGGAACGUGCAUACGAAGAGCCAAUGGAGCAACUGCAGGCAGACCUGGAUACCUGAUGGCACAAAACCUGUUGAUUCAGAGAAUGUCCCCAUGGAGGGUAAUGUGGAGACACCACGCCUUCUGGAGCAGAUCGAGGCUCUUCGUGGCACCGUCCGCUUCUUGCGCACAGAAAACUCGUAUCUCAAGGGACAGGACCUACUCAAGGAAAUACAAGCACUACCACAUCUCCCAGAACAUAUCAGCCGUGUACGUACACCUCCACUGGGCCCCUCAGGACAAUCUGACGCAGACAAAUCCGAUACGGAACUUCCACCCGCUCCUCCUACUAUUCGCUCGCUCGCCGCAGAAACUAAGGUUUUCUACUGAGACGUCAUCAAAUUCUCUUCAUCGCCUCCUGUUGUUGAUCUAUCCGCUCUUCAUGCAAAGAGAGCAGAAAGUGACUGUAAAGGUGGGAAGAUGUGGGCGCGGAGGAAGGAUAGUCCUGCUCAGCAAGUCCUUGAUCGGAAAAUAGAGGCCGAGAGACUUAGCAGACGCAUCAGAGGCCUAUUGGAUCGUGCAAAUGCGCUAUGAGGGGUUUCAUUAAUACCUUGCUUCAUUUUUUUUAUGUCACUCUACUAAUAUUAGGUUAUAUACCCCUA